AUGUCUCUGUCUCCAGCCUCGCACCAGAUCUCGCAGGCGUCACCCCCAGAUGCCAAUCUACCUGGCCAGGCUGAGGCUGCCGAGAGCGAUCCGGCAGGCGGCCAGGUAACGCAGCACGAGAGCGAGCGAUCCUCGACCACAAGCCGCCACGAUGACGUGGAAGUGCCACCGUCUGCUGCAUCUUCUGGCGAUGCGGGCGAGCUUGGUCCUCUAGAAACAGUGUCGAUCCAGGGCGGAGAGCCGCCCACGACGAGCACCGAGACUAAUACGACGCAAACGACGGGCAAGAAGCCUGUCGUCGAGGAGAGCGUUGGACGUCAACCGAGAAGGCACUCGCCCCUCCGACAAUCCGCUCCGGCGUGGUUCUCUGCCUGUGUCGCUACCGGCAUCUACAUCACCACUGUAUGCUACGCUUUCGGGUCCACCGACCUUCGCUAUCUCUCCUUCACCGCUCUGAAUCCCGGCAACACGCUACUCGUGCUCCGCACGCUAUCAGAACUGACAAAUGCCUCCCUUGUCUUUCUCAUCGGUCUGUCCACCGAAAGGGCGUUGUGGAUGUUGAUUGCACAGGACGGAGGCACCCGGUUGUCGUCCUUCCUCGCUCUCUGCCCCGGCACUGGCCCCUGGGGAUGGAUCAAGCUGCUCUACCUGAACGCUGGAGGGGCGCGACGGCUGAGCUGGCUGAAGCUCGUCAUCGUCAUCAUCCCUCCCGCCAUGGGUAUCGUGCUCCUCAGCAACGUCGAUGUGCGCAUGUACUUUGACCACCACGCCAGCUUCCCCAUUUCGGCCGGCAUCGGCGACUUCAACGCGAGCUGGGCCGCCAUCUACGCAUCGGUCGCCGCGACGCUCAUGGCCAGCGACUAUUCCGCCCUGCUCCAGACGAGCGCGGUCUCGUGGAGCGUGCCCGUGAUCGACUCCGGCCGAUCCGACUGCGACGUGUCGAAUUUCUUCUCCAACGAGACCUGCGGAUGGGCUUACUUUCUGCACGGCGGAAGCCAGUUGAUCACGCCGUGGCCGACCUUGAACACCGCGCUCCCGACCGCGCCCAUCUACAAGAUCCACUCGGUCCGCGGCCUGCAGCUGGACUUCACCAACCUUGCCUCACCCGACGCCAGCUUCCAGGGCGAGCGCGACUGUAUCGUGCUGGGCCGGGAGAGCAACGCCGUGGGGAUCUGCCUUGCGCAGACCGCCGCUGUCGCCGCCGCCGCCGCCAACGCCAACGCCAACGCCGUCACCGCCAAGUUCGUGGUUUGUCCCGCAGACUCGUCGUGUCGUCCAGUCUCGUCCCCCGGGUGGACGAUGACCAUGCGCGCAUACGUCCGCCACGCCACGGUGCACUUGUCGCGGGCCAACCUGUCGGCGAUUGCCGUGUCGGAGUUCUCGACGACACCGACACCACAACCCAUCUCGGCGGCCGAAUUGCUGCUCCUGUACAACACCACGCUCGGGGUCCGGUCGACGCUGGCCUCCUCGUCCAGCCCGGCCGAACAGUUCAUCAACAUGCUCUCGACGGACCUCCUGUUUGCGGGCGUGUCGUCCCCGACGGCCGCCCAGGCCGUGUUGAAACUGUACAACCUGCUCGCCAUGCCGCUGUACUAUUUCCAGCCGACGUACGUGUCGCCGUACAGCGCCGUCCCUUCGCCCGACCGCGUGCUCGACCGUCUGCCUCCGGACCAGCCGGACCUCUACGUCACGGCCAGUCUGUCGACCAUGUAUUACGGCUUGGCCGUCGCCGCGUGGAGCGUGUGGCUGUACACCGUCGUCAUGGGCACGCUGCUGCUGUGCUGUGUUGCCGUGCUCACGGUCGGGAGUCUCCCUAGAGGCGGCGCGGCGGCCGCGACGGCGGCGGGGAGGGCCAUUCCAAACACGACGGCCUGGUCUUUUGUGGAUUUUGUGGCCGAGUGUGAUGUCGGAGUGUGGAGGAGGAAGACGACCACCCCUGCGGUGCACGAGGAGGAGGAGGAGGGUGAGGAGCUGGAGGAGCUGGCUCUGGCUGGCGUGGCUAACGGGGCGAGAGGCGCAGUUGCGGGCACAAUCACAGCUACGGGCACAGAUCGAGGCACAGAUCAAGGCAUGCACUUCGCCACGCAAAGAUUCAAGGCAGCAAAGUCGCGACGAAGCAGGGCUGACGUGCUGGAGCAGUCGACGGUCAAGAUAUAUACCCAUCACAUAGUCAACUAG